GCCAGCCCUGCAUGUGGGUGGUUUGGAACUAGGUAACAAGCAAGCACAUUCAUGCAGGCAGUGGUCACUAAGCGCGUGGUGGCGGCCGUGACUGGCCCGACGCAGAAGCGUCAGUUCAUCUCUGUGGCGCACAAGUACAAGGAAGCGUACGAGCGCUAUGGCUUCUGGAACUGCCUCUGGAAGCUGUACAACCCUGGUGACAUCAAGUUUGGCAAGGAAGUGGGCGAAGACCGCUUCGGCAACAAGUACUACGAGGACGUGACCGAAGUCGCGGGCCAACAGCGCUGGACUGAAUUCAAAGUGCAGACCCACCAAGAGUUCGGCGGAGACCAGAUUCCCCCCGAGUGGCACUUGUGGUUGCACCAGGUCACCGACGCCAAGCCCACGGACCCAGGCCAGAAGCCUGAGAACUGGACCAAGGUGUCUCUUGUCAGCGGGAGCAAUGCGCCGUACAAGACGCACUUGGGUCCCGUUGGCGAAUUCGCGGAAAACCAAACGACCUACCGCCAGCGCGCGUAUGGCGAGGACAAUCACCAGUGGCUGAAGAAUGGCGAGCCUGACCGCUACUACCUCCAGCCCCGCCAUCCACUGCGCCUCCGCAACCGCGGCAACAACGAUUUCGACCACAUCGACUACAACAACCCCGAUGCGCCGCCCAAGAACUCGUCUGCACUGUUGCGUGGACUGGACAAGAACUAAUGGACACCGCUGUCGAUAUAAGCCAAAGUAAGGAAACGUAUCAGUGCUCCCUGAGUCUACGUCAACAAUAUUCGUUCUGCC